GUGCCCGCUCGGUUAAGGGGCGUGUGCGCACUCCCGAGACACCAGGAAAUAUGGCGGCGCUCAUGACUGUCGGUCAGUUGUCAAGUGGAAUCCCAGCCUAUGAGAACUAUUACAGACAGCUGGAUCCGGGAAACACAGGCAAAAUAUCGGCUGGAGAUGCAGCUCAGUUCCUUAAGAAGUCAGGGCUGUCAGACAGUACAUUGGGGAAGAUUUGGGAUUUGGCAGAUUCAGAAAGAAAAGGCUAUUUGGACAAGCGGGGUUUCUUCAUAGCUUUGAAACUGGUGGCCUCAGCACAGGGUGGAAACGAUAUCAGCCUUAACAACCUCAAUCAAAUCGUAGCUGCACCCAAAUUUAGAGACACUAGCAGCCCAUUAUUAAAUGUUUCACCGGCAGGAUCUGACUCACACUGGGCAAUUAGGCUGGAUGAAAAAGGGAAGUUUGAAGGCAUUUUUGAGAGUCUGUCCCCAGUCAAUGGUCUCCUCUCCGGUGAUAAAGUCAGGCCAAUUUUGAUCAACUCCAAGCUACCUCUGGAUGUGUUAGGAAAGAUUUGGGACCUAAGUGAUGUUGACAAAGAUGGACACUUGGACAAAGAUGAAUUCACAGUGGCCAUGCAUCUCGUGUAUCGCACCAUGGAGAAGGAGCCUAUCCCAGCCACUUUACCAACUUCCCUCAUCCCCCCUUCUAAAAGGAAGAAGUUUGCAGGGGCUCUGCCAGGUGCUGUGGCUGUGCUCCCUGCUCUGUCUGGGCUUACAGCUAGCCCCGCUCCUCUCAAGGAGUCCCUGCGAAGCACUCCUCCUCUGGCCAGUGCUAAUCUCCUCAGCUCCAGUACAGUCAACCUCUCCCCAAAACACUCGUUUAAAUCCAGCUCACCGCCAGCGUUGAACUGGGUGGUACCAGUGGCUGACAGGGAGAGGUAUGAUGACCUCUUCAAGAAAACAGACACUGACAACGAUGGCUUCGUGAAUGGAACUGAGGUCAUAGAGAUCUUCAUGUUGUCCAGUCUCUCACAGACUAUGCUGGCACAGAUAUGGGGACUCGCUGACACUAAACAGACGGGUAAGCUGACCCGGGAGCAGUUCUCUCUGGCCAUGCAUCUGAUCCAGCAGAAGGCCACUAAAGGCAUAGACCCUCCCUCCUCUCUAACCCCAGACAUGAUCCCCCCAUCAGAAAGGACUGCAGCUUCAGCGGCGGGCCCUGACGGCACCAGCUCCGCGGGGUCGGCCGAGCUGACAGGCAUCAAAGAACUGGAUGACCUCAGCCAGGAAAUAGCUCAGCUGCAGAGAGAGAAAUUCAUUCUGGAGCAGGAGAUCAGGGAAAAAGAGGAAGCCAUCAGACAUCAAAAUAGUGAAGUUCAGGACAUGCAGAACGGUUUGGACAGGGAGAGCAGCAGCCUGCAGGACCUGGAGUCACAGAAGCAGGUCGCACAGGAACGUCUGGAGGAGAUGGACCAGCAGCGCUCCAAGCUGGAGGGAAUGCUCAACGACGUCAAGCAGAAGUGCCAGGAAGAGACCCAGAUGAUCUCGUCCCUGCAGAGCCAGAUCCGCUCUCAGGAGACCGACCUUCAGAGCCAGGAGGACGAACUGAGCCGCUCCAAGGCGGAGCUGAGCCGGCUGCAGGAGGAGGAGGCCCAGCUGGAGCAGAGCCUGCUCUCUGGUCGUGUCCAGCUGGACAGCAUCGUUAAGUCGCUGAAAACCACUCAGGAAGAGAUCAACCAGGCUCGCAGUAAGCUGUCGCUGAUCCAGGACAGCCAAAAGGAGGUGACCAAGACCAUUGAGCAGUACAACAGCGCUUUGAGCGACAUCAAUGGGGGAAACUUAAGCAACCUGCCUGACUUAAGCGAGGGGUUUGCAGAGAAGGAGAACGGAGGUUUCAGAAGGGCGGAUGAGUCUUUCAAGUCAAAGAUAGCCAUGUUCAACAACAGCAGUGCUAAGGAGCCUCCAGCAGACCCCUUCCAGACAGAGGACCCCUUCAAGUCCGACCCCUUCAAUGAUCCAUUUGGAGGAGAUCCAUUCAAAGAAAGUGAUCCCUUCAAGGGCACCUCUUCUGAAGAUAUUUUUAAGAGAACAGACAAGGUAGACCUGUUUGGAUCCUCAGACCCCUUCGGUAGAAAACCUGUGCCGCCAGCCAAGCCGAGUGCCUUUAGCAGUGGCGACCCCUUCACUUCGAACAGCCCAAAACCAAAGGAUUCAGAUGUGUUCGGGACAGUGGACCCCUUUGGAAGCAACUCUUUUGGAAGCAAGGGAGGUGGAUUUGCCGACUUUAGUCAGAUGUCAAAGAAGUCGGACAACCCUGUACUCCCAUCAAAGAAAAAUGUUCCUAACCGGCCUGCACCUCCCUAUGUAGGUAUGCUCAGUUUGACUGCUUCAGAGCCGAUCCAGAGCGUUUGCUCCACGGCAGACAGUAAAGGCUCUUUUGUUACGACACACUCGAGUAAAACAUCCAAAGACUGCCCUGUGGGUUUUGCAGAUUUUGGCUCUGCUCUGAAUAUAUCAAGUUUGGAAGUGAGAACCAGCAGCUGGAGUGGGCCAAGCAGGAGAGUGAGCGUGAGGAGCAGGAGAGGCUGAGAAGGCUGCGGCUCCAGGAGCAGCAGGAUCUGGAGCUGGCCAUCGCUCUCAGCAAGGCCGACAUGCCGAGCUCCUGACCAGGCAUGACCCGCCGCAGCUCAGUCCUCCUUCUUCUGCCGUACAGCCCUCUGUCCGCAGGCUCAUGACAACAGCACCAACACUGGCCCGACAUGACUAGCAGCCCCUGUUACCAAUUUGUGUAAGAGACCAGUGAUUCUCCAACCAUGACUGGACUCAUGUCAAAUGACUCCACAUAUAGCAACCAGUUAAGGUUCAUUGCUCCUAAACUACAUGGUAACUAUAAUCAGGGACAAUACGGAGCCACUUGAUUUAAGCCUGGCUUCAUCCUGCAAGAACAUAGCGAUUUAACGCAACCCGAACCAGUAGGGUACUUGACUGCAACCUGUAUCUAGCUCCAUAACUUCCAAUGGCUAAUCACCCUGACUUAUCCAAAUGCCUGUCUGUUUCAAGAAAAAAAUAACCUUUUAAGAAUAUUUUACUGUUUUUAUUUAUAUACAAAAGCAUCUGUGGUGUAUGAAGUACUUGUAAAAUGCACUGUAUAAACUCUUUUAUAUAACAUUUAAUUACUCAGAAAAAAAAUCCUAUUCAAAGUCAAACCAUAUGCGCUAACCCCACUGUUUGCCUGUGAUUGAGUUUGUCCAAUUUCAGAUGUUUUUGUUUUAAAAGAAAGAAACUCCGUCAUGUACUGUAAAUAUUUUUAGAUGAUGGUUUUAUGUACAAGCCACAAAAGAGCAGAGCCCAUCUUUAAGAUACCAACCUGUCUUAAAGGACUGAUCAGAUCAUCAGUGACAUGAUUUAGAUUUUUGUGUCAAAUGUUACAGGCAGUUCUUGCCAUUUUUGCCUGAAUAUGGACUGUUUAUGGCCUUAAAGUACAUGGACUGAAGAAAUUUUUGGAUAUAAUCAAACCCUCAACAGGGAUACACAUGUCAAAAUAAAGUAUGAUGUCAUAGCUUUGGUGAAAUAUGAUUUAGCCUCAACUCAUCAGUCACCUCUUGUAUUUCCAAUAAUUAAGAUGCUAGUGAUAAUCUCUGAGGUCUUCCUUCCUUAUGAACAAAGAUCAUUCCACCUGGAGGGCUGUUGCACCAUCCCUCUGAUGUCAGCAGCUUGUGUGUGUCAGAGGGUUUAUCAUUGGUUGCCUUAUUGUAACGCCCAAACAACUUGCACUCCCAUACAACUAAAAGCCUCUAUAAAACGGAAAUAGUGUAAACCUACAUUGUUUAUACUGGUGCUGUUACACUUAGCUUUGUCCUUUUUACGUCUUCACACGACCACUGAUGCACAUGUGACAUCUGCUUCAUUGCAUUGUAUUGUAACAUAUAAUAUUGCACAGUAUGUAUGUGAUUAUAAAAAAAAAAAGGUUCAAACUGUAAGAACUUUUGAUUGAAUAAAAGUGAUUUUUAACAU